AUGGUCGCAGAGCUUCUGCCACACGAGCCGGACUUCACGAUGGAGCAGGUGAAGGCUAGCGUGGAGCUAGCCGUGGCCGAGCAUCCGCGCCUACGGGAGGUCCUCUCGGACUGCGGCCUCUGGGAGGAAGUAGAGCUGGACCUCGAGACCCACCUGCGCUGGAUUCGCGAUGUUGGCGAGGCUAAGGGCCGGGAGGAAGAUCCAGAAAUCGUACGCGCGAUGCACAGCAUGCCUGCAUUCGAUGAUGCCACUGCCAGGACGCCCCGCUGGCAAGUCAUCGCGACACCGCGGAAGAUGAUUUUCCACGUGCACCAUGCCGCGGUCGAUGGUGUGGGCAUUGCCGUCAUCACCAGCACCCUUCUCCUCGGCAAGAACUUGAAAGAGACCGUCCAGGCCAUGAUCCCCGUCAGCGGGCAAAGUAGGAACAAGCUGAGACCCGCUGAUCCUGGCUGCUUGGGCAGCUGCUGCGAAGGUGUCACCACCGUCCGCAGCUGUGCCCGGCACGUGAACUUGCCCUUCCAGGGCUUGCUUUUUCCCACCCCGAGAUCGCCGAUCUCUACGCCGACAUCUGGGGCCCAGCCGUCGCACAUACGCCAUUUCCAUCUCGGCCCGUAUUCGCUGACUGCAAUCCGAAGCGCCGCCCACGAGAGCGGCGUUACGGUGAACAGCGUGCUUCUUCGCCACCUGACUGCUGGCCUGCAGCAGUACUGCGAGUCUCAAGGGGACGCAAAGAUCUCCACCUUCAACGUGGCCAUCCCCAUCAGUUUUAAGGCCCCCGACUUGGAGAGGCCAGAGCAAAUGAAAGCCAACAAUAACUUCAGCACACUGGUCUUAAGGGUGCCGCAGCCGUCGAUUCCGAACGCCUCCGCCGACGCAGAGGCGCUCGUGGACUUGCCGGGCUAUGUGGACCCGAAGGAGUGGUCCAUGGGCAAUGCUGUUGGCGCCUGGGCGGCUCAAGGGAUGCUCUCGCUUCUGCCGAUGAUGGUGGUCAAUCGACUACUCUGGUGGACCAGUCGGUUGGUCCACUUCGCCUUCUCCAACGUGAAUGGGUCGAUGUUCGGGCCGAAAUUCAGGUGUCCACUCACUGGGACGGAGAAGGAGGUCAAGGUCUAUGCCUAUGGCAGCCUGAACUGCGGAAACCGCCUUUUCAUCCUCGCCAACUCACACGGCAUGGACCUCCACGUCAGCAUCGUGAUGGAUGGCGAGCUGGUCCGAGCUCCAUCAGACUUGGUCGGCUUCGUCGACCAGCAGCUGCAGCAAGUUGGGGCCUGA